AUGGCUGCCAACGACUUGCGGGGCUGGGUGAUGAGCGCCGUCUCGGGCGUGGCCUGUGUCCUUGGGUCGGCCGUCAUCUGCGCAGACAUUGUCUUGCGCCGGAUCACCCAUGACAAGAGGUUCCAGAUUGCUAACAGCAAUAACUUUUUGUCAGCUUCUCUGUGUCUGAGUGCCGGUGUAAUGCUCUUUACUUCCCUAUACAGCAUGCUCCCAACCUCCAAAGACUACCUGACACGCGCCGGUUUUUCUCCAUCCGCCUCCGCCUAUAUCCUGACAGCUCUAUUUAUUGUUGGCGUGGUCGUAAUCCGUCUUGCAUCCGGCUUCCUCCAUCGCUUCAUCCCAUCGCACGUGGUAGACUGCGCACAUACGCAUGACGGCCCGGAAGAUGAUCCCGAGCGCGGCGAACAAAUGCAAGACUGCGAUGACCGUCCAGAUACCCAACAUACCAACGGCAGCACGGAACGUACGCCUCUUCUGCGGUCUGCAGGUCUACAGUCCAAGUCUACGCCGCAAGCGCUACAACGGUUGGACCGCACAUCGAGUCCACGGCGGCGGGAAUCUCUACGAGCAGUCAUUUCCCGACGCAUCAGCUCUCUCAUGGGCGGUGUUAAACCUCUCUGUGAUGAGAACGGACCCUGCUAUGGUUUCUCGCAGACCUGUGGACGCGAAUGCACCAAAGUCCUUGGCCCCAGUAUCUCUCCGCCACCGACCGUGAUCGCGGAUGAGGUCAUUCGGCCUGAGCUAGCGCCACGACCUCAAAGUAUAGAGGUGCAGCUGGGCUCGGAUGACCAGGACUUGCAAGAGCCGAGCCUAGACUCCGUCGAGACGGCUGCAGACACAGGGUACUUGGGGACAAUCUCGUCUGAAGAUGUCAAUCACUCGAUUUCGCCGCCUUCCUCUUCAUCACGUACUCACAAGGUCCAUUCUGAUCAUAUGAGUCACAACCACCACCAUUACGAUCACGAUCACGACCACGACUCUCAUGAUCACAACCAUCAUCACCAUGGAGACCAACCGUCUCGCGGUCAUGCCGCCAAACCAGGCUCAGAUCCCACUCACCACCACCACGUCCCACAAAACGCCUUCCUCUCAAUCGGCCUUCAAACCUCCCUCGCCAUCGCCCUGCACAAACUCCCAGAAGGUUUCAUCACUUACGCAACGAACCAUGCCAAUCCCACCCUCGGUCUAACCGUCUUCCUGGCUCUCUUCAUUCACAACAUCGUUGAAGGUUUCGCCAUGGCACUCCCACUCUACCUCGCCCUCAACUCUCGCUGGAAAGCCAUGUUCUGGUCCAGCUUGCUAGGCGGAAUUAGUCAACCCGCCGGCGCUGGCAUCGCAGCGCUCUGGAUCUGGGGCUCCGGGCACACGGGAGACGAUUCAAUGGGUCCGUCAUGGGGCGUGUAUGGAGGCAUGUUCGCCAUGACUGCCGGUGUAAUGACCUCUGUUGCGCUGCAGCUGUUCAGUGAGGGCUUGGGACUGACGCACCACCGUAACAUGGGCAUUGUAUUUGCUGUUGCGGGUAUGGGAUUGAUGGGAUUCAGUUUUGCUUUGACGGCAUGA